AUGGCAACGCAAUCACCGGCCGUCGUCAUCAUCGCCAGGUAGGGAGAAGCAACAAUACACAUAUCCACUAUAAGGAUACUCGCUGACGGCGACAGACAUGGUAUGCGACUCGACGCGGCUGAUCAAUCAUGGCACCUGUCCACGCCCACACCUUACGAUCCUCCCUUGACAUACGGCGGCUGGAAUCAGUGUCGCGCACUGGGCGUGCGCAUUGCCAGCUUACUCCACGCGCGAGAGCAGUCCUUCAACAACGCUGCCGAGAAUGCAGAGAACGGCGUACAGAAACGGAAGAAGAGGAAGCAGAAGGUCGUCAUCCACACAUCACCCUUCUUACGAUGCUUGCAGACCAGUGUGGCUAUCUCGGCGGGCAUGGCACAGUAUGAGCCUCCUAAGGAGAGACCUGCUCCGAUCCGCUCGCCGCAUACACUGCACUCUUCCUCGCCAAGACUAAGAGCAAGGGACGGAGCCGGAUCACCUCAUCUUGCGCCCAUAGCUGAGCCGAGAUACGACUUUGUGCGAGGGCUAGCACGGAGAAGAGCAUUGGGCGAGCAGAAGAGAUACCGGAAAGCGAAGAUCAGGGUUGAUGCUUUUCUUGGUGAAUGGCUCAAUCCGCAGUACUUCGAUCAGAUCACGCCUCCUCCACCAAGCCCUAUGAUGCUCGCUACCGCCAAGGCGGAGCUGAUGCAGCAGGAGAACUUGGACCUCUUCACGCCCACACUCUCCCAUAAAUCUUCCGGAAAUAGUCUCUGGGGAGGUUCGAAUGGGAGAGCGAUGGCGAGCAGAGAGGGUUCGCUGGACGAUUGGAGCCACGUUACUGAUGCGCUGCAUUCGACAAGCCCGAGACGCGAACGAUCUAACAGUGUGAGCAGUGUAGGGAGCAACGACAGCUCUGGUGGUCGCAAGUCGCCAUUCCGACAUGGAUCAAAUCUGCAGAUGACCUCGAUCGUACCGAAAGAAACCUCGAUCUACCAUCCUCCGACGCCUUCUUAUGCGAUCUCUAGUUCAGAUCACAUUCCGCGAGGAUAUGUCACGCAUGCGCGAAAUGCGACUGCCAACGUAGACUACCAGUGGGACAGUAGUCGGGCACCUCAGGACUGGGGCAACGGAGGAGAGUAUGGUGAAGAGUGGUCGGCCAUGCACAGGCGGUUCAGGAAAGGAUUGAAUAGUCUUAUUCAAUGGUACAGCCAGCACAAUGCGGACGACCGGGGAGAAGAUGCACUGGGAUUCGAGCAAGCGGACAAACAUCAAGACCACGAUGCCGAGGACGUGGAAGAGCUGGUUGUGAUUUUGGUGACACAUGGAGCCGGUAGUAACGCUCUCAUCGGUGCGCUGACAAACCAGCCUGUCCUGCUAGACGUUGGGAUGGCCAGCUUGACAAUGGCCGUCAGGAAGGACGAUGCGCCAUCUCUACAGGCGCUUGCAGACUUCAACGCGGCCAGUCCGGAUGGCACGCCAGCACAGUUUUCAGGUCCCGCGAGGCCGAGUGAGGGGCAUCGGAGGCGGAGCAGCGUGGACAUUGGGCUCAAUUCUGUGUAUGAGAUGAAGCUGGUGUCUUCGUCGGAGCACCUACGGCCUGGAGCACAGCCUGCAAAGACGCCAACAUCGUCCGUCCCGACGAACCUGAGAAAUACACAGGAUGCUUUGCCCAAGUACAAACGCUUUGGGGCUGGAUCUCAUGGCGAGGCCGGUGCCGGGAUCGAAUCGAACUGGAACCUUGGCGAGCCGACUAUGAAGCGCAGCAACACAAGUACAGCCAUUGGAUCCAUCCUCAGACCGAGCUCCUCUCCGGUAACGCGCCAGCCGUCUCCUGGUAUUCCGAGGUCCAACACUCUAGGGACGGAGGAUAGGUCGUUUUCACCACCGAAUCUUACCACAGGACUUUGGACUCCUCCUUCAGGACGUGGAACACCGAAGAUGACAGCACAAAAACCGAAAGAUGAGCGAGACGUCGUCUUUUCCAAACUGAACGACUCAAGCGCCAGACGGCCUCCCAGUCACGAAGCGAUGCCCGACUUCAACUCUCCUCCAGACAGCCGUCCACAUUCCAGUCUUGGCAAGCGCGAAGAUUCCGCUCCAAAUUCACCAGCCAUUCAAGCAGAAGAGAAGGAAGACGGCAGGAAGGAUAGACAGCAAGGUAGCCGCUCCGCUGAAUCCGCCGAAGACGACAACCUCGGUGACUUGCCUGCGGUCUCUGAGAAGCUCCCAGUCUCACUGAGUCGCGGUCUUAGUCAGAAGGGACUCUGGGGCGCAAGACCUUCUGGAGACGUCAUUGCGAGGAAAUUUGCGAAUUCGCCAAAGAGACGAUGGACCACGUCUCGGAAUGAUUGA